AGCUCAAGUGAUCGUCAAAGUGUCUGCGAACUCAGAGGGGGACAUUGUCCUCACAUGCAUGGUAGAUGGCGCUUUCGAACAAGCAGUGCAAUGGUCCACCAACAGAACUGGUAGUACGGUGAACAUUAUUGGCGGGGAUGACUUCACCAACUCAGAGGUUUUGCCGAACAACACCCUUAUUCUUCGAGCCUCAUAUCACGGGUAUUAUUUCUGCACUCACCCCUUGUCAGGACGUAAUUACACGGCAAAGAUUGUGAAAGCACCACCUCUUCAGAUCACUCGAAUUCCCCUCGGCAACGGCGAUCUCCUUCUGACCUGUCUCGUCAACGAAUCGACAACGAUCCCGGCGAUGUGGUCAUUCAAGCCUCGCGGGAAUACGACCUCCAGUAAUCUCGUUGGUGGAGACGACGACGCCCACGUCCAGGUGCUGACUAACAAUACCGUGAUCGUGCGGGACUUCGGUGCCGAGGACGUCGGGCAGUAUAAGUGUGUGGUGAGACACGAUGGGUUGAUAAGGAAUGUGACAGCCAAUGUGAGUCUCGCUGUAAGACGAGACAUAAUAACCUUCACCACAUAUCAGGAUGACAACUUUCACUUCUUCAUCACGUGCAACGUUGAUGGCGCCCCCGCCACGCCCAGCCGCGAGGUCACGUGGUCCUACACAGAGGACGAUGAGGAUGAGAUACUCGAGAUGAUACCAGCGGGUGAUGAGGGAUCGCAUCUCCAGGUCUUGGAGAACAGCACCCUCCUCAUCAGGAAUUAUAGUCCGGAGGAUGCCGGGAGGUAUUACUGUAACGCUCUGCUGGGGGAUGGCACUAGGAAAUUGAAGCGAAUAGAUGUCGGAGGUGCCCCUCUCUCCACUGUUGUCAAUGUUUGGCUCAUCGCCUUGGUAACAAUGUUCACUAUCAUCCGGAGCGCAUCAUCCCUUUAAGAAAGAAAGUGUUCGUUAAAUCAUCAUUUACGAUGAUUUAAAAGGAUGAGCUAGCGACUGCGUUUACAAUUUUUUUCUCUCACUAUUUGUAUUUUUUGCUAGCUAGAUUACGGGGAUACUAUGCUGAAGCUCUUUGGCUAGUUCCAUGAAGCAUGGCACCCUGUAUGUUGAAAAAGCUGUCACGUUGAGAUUUUAAUUUACCCGGACACUAUGGC